CCUCCCCAAGUCGUUGGUUGCAUGCUGCCUUAGCCAAAGUGACGUGAACAUGACAGAGAAGGCCAAAGCUCAAGUUGAGGAUGCUCAGCCUACACUUGGGGUCCACGCUUUCUCUGAGAGAGUUUUUGAACAGACUGUUCACUUUCAGGUACUAAAACUGAAGGACAGCUUCUUCCUAUGGGUGGGACUGCAGCCUUCAAUGGCCAACUUAGCCGUCGCACUGCCAGCAAAAUUUGACUCCAUUCCGUCCACGUCCGCCCUGUUAGGCGAGUUUUCCGACACCACGUCAUGUACGCUGGCACAGAAACUCUGUAAACACACGGGUAAACAAGUGUUUGUGAGCUGUAACCUACCGACACAGGACGGAAUGUUACUGGUGGAAGUGGAGAAGAGAAUUCACAAAGAAAUCAAGGACAACCCAGAGAAAUUCUGGUUGUAACUAAAUAACUGUUUGAAUAAUACACAGAUGCCAAGGGGAAAAUAUUUUUAUGCUUACCAAAGGAAAACAUA